AUGGGCGAUGCCCCCUUCUCUGAGCUCAGGUUUGUCCCCGAGCGAUCGACGAUAUCCAAGAGAGAACAGGAGCUGGAGAUUGCUCGCCAACGUUCUCAUGCUGCAAAAGUCUCCCACCAAAAGCGCAGGUUGAAGCAACAAGCGUCUUUCGCAGACUACAGCAAGAUCGUCUACUACGCUCCUGAAACACGCACGUACAAAGUCCUUGUCGAAAACGACAGCCCUGACCAGGACGAUCCUGGCUCAUCGACUCAUACCGCCGGCCCUGUCGAAACCCAGCUUCAGCUGCUCCAGCAGGUCGAUGAGACUGCCCGUUCCAUCUCUGACAUCAUUCCAGGUCGCCAUUCGGAUCCAUUCAACGCCCAAGGAGUCUCCAUCAGCCCUCGAAUCAACCAGCUCCUCACCUUUAUCAGGGAUAUCUAUCUCCCCGGGCUGUACGUCACUUCCUUCACCAAACGAUCCGGAGCCGCCACUCCACCCGUUACCACUUAUGCCGAAGGUUUCAAUCUAUCGGGUCACCGCCGCGCCUUCACGAUAUGGACUUCGAUGAAGGAGGAAUUGACUGACCAAGGCAGGGCGCUGGCCUGGCUGUCUAGCUAUGCUCCUGUCAUGGCUCGUUACUCGUCCCCCCACGUCCGCCGCGAGCUUCUUCUCAUGGCAACCGAAAUGAAGCUCAAGAGCAUGAGCAUUCUCAAAAAGAAGAUCGGUUCUCUUUCCAACACCCUGCCACCCGACAUCGCCCUGCUUGCUCAGAUUGUCUCUCUGUUUCGCGCUUCGUGCAAGAAACGUGACCUUACCUCGGCCAAGGUCCAUGCCGAGAUCAUUCGUUGCCUGAUUGACCGUAUCCACCAAGGAAGUCACCAAAUUCGCACCUUGUUCAUCACUCUUCUCAGCAACGACACCGAGGUGGCUUUGUCUAACAUGUCUCACACUUUCUUCGAGUACGAACGUUGGGUCGAGGCCCAAUUUCAAAAGUUCUGGUGGAACCAGGGCAUUUUUAACCUUCCACCCGUCCCUCUGCAGCAUCUUGACUUGCACCCGAGCAUUCGAAUUUUGCCCAGUCGUUCGGCCUGCAUCCGGCUUCGCCGUUACUUAAUGAUCCGCAGGAUGAAGAUGAAUCUCAAAGACCCUGAGGACGUCGCUCGCAGUGAUGUUAUCUUUGCUUGGGUCUCCAACUAUUCCAUGUACGACCUUGGCCUUCUGAUGAACGUUUAUGUGAACUUGCUGGAAGGCAGAGGGUACGACCAGUCGCUGGUCAUCCGGUCUGCCGAAGCCUCGGUUGCCUUGACAGCUUUGUACUGUUACCGUUGGGGAAUCCACCAGGCCACCAUAUAUGGAGGCGACCAUCGCGACGGAAUGCACUUGACCAUCAUCAAUCGACUGCAGAAUGUCCUUCAAACCACACUGGAACUCGCAACCCCACAGGACCUGCUUCAUUACCAGGAAACCAUUCUCUGGAUGUUGUUCUACGGUGCCCGCUACGAGUACCGUGUGAAUAGAAAGAACCCCAAUAAAACGACAACCACAUCCCAGCGCUGGUUUGGUCAUAAAUUUGCCCAACAGGUCCACGUUUUGGGACUGUCAACGUGGGAGGAUGUGCGGCAAGUUAUGCGUCGAUUUAUUUUUUUUGAAUUUCUCGAGUUGGAUGUGGACUUGUGGUUCGAGGAGACCCUGCAGGAGUUUUCCCAGCUAACGAGUCAAGUUUGA